AUGGAUAAUGAAAAUGAGGCGGAAGGGACAUUAAAUCUAGAGGAAUUAAAGGAUGCAUUAAUCAAACAUGUAUCUACCGAGAAACAGGCAUUUUUUAAGCAUCAACAAAAAGAUGAAAUUGAUUUAAAUGUUGAUGACAAAAAAGUAAUAUUAACAGACAUCCUAGCCAGUUCUCAUUCAAAGUUCCUAGCUAGAUUUGGUAUGGUCCUUAAAAAGGAACACUUGAAAUAUUUUGAGUCACAGAAUUAUGAUACAGAACAACAAGAACUAGUGAAGGAACAGAUCAAGCAAUUAAGCUACAACUUGGAUCAUCAAAGAACAUUAAUUAAGAAUAGAAGAUAUGCUGCAAUGAUGAAAUUAAUUCAUGAUAAUGAAUACUUUAGUGAUAUUGAAAUGGAAAGACGAAAUCCAAUACUCUAUAAUGAGCUAGUUGCCAAGUUUAUAACACCAGCAGAACUAGCUAAAAGGAGGCGACCGAAUGCUCAAACUAGCACAUUAGUGGAUGUUUUAUUAAAUCAAAUAGACUACGAGGAGAACUUAGAAAAUGCCAAGAAGCAGAGAGAAUUAGAAGGUGAUGAUUCAAGGCAGUCAUUCGAUAGUAAUAAUGAAUCAGAUGUAGAAUCUAAUCAAAUGCAAUGGGGAAAUUUCGAUAGUGAAGAAGUGAAUUGCAGCACAAAAAAUAGAGCAAGGAGAAAAAGGAAUGCAGAUAUUUUGGUUACGGCCGGCGAACGUGAUGUGCUGAGAGACGAGUUUUUAGGAAUAAUGUAUAAUGAAUUUCUUCUGGGCCAUGAUACUGAAUUUUUUGAUUAUAGUCAAGUCGAUACAAACGAGGAAUAUGACGACAUGUCAUUAGAAAAGGAUCAAGACUUUAAAGAUAAAUACUUUGAGGAUGAAGAUUCACAAAAUGUUGGUCAAGACAACAGUGAUAAAAUUACUAAAACUGACGAAUCUGAAGAUGAAUUAGAUAUUUAUAUGCAGCACAUAGAGGAACACAUCAUGAGACAGAAUAGCGAUAAAUUGGUAGAAGAAUUUGAUGAUGAAUAA